AGUAUUCCAUUAUUCAUUUCCACAACCCAAAUUUACUCCAAUCGUAAAUAUCCACAACUCACAACCACUUCUUCCCAACCACGCUCUACAAUGUCACUACGGUGGUUACCGGCAGCGGUGCUCUUAUUAUCAUUCAUCCACACCUCCCACUCCCAACAAACCUACGUCAACAACACCCAACUCGACUGCAGCGACAACUCCACCACCGCCUUCGGCUACACCUGCAACGGCCCCACCUCCUGUCUCUCCUACAUAACUUUCCGAUCACAACCACCACUCUACAACACCCCCGCCACCAUCGCCACCCUCCUGAACUCUAACCCCACCGCCAUCACAUCCCUCAACAACUUCUCCUCUACCUCCACCGCCAUCCCCGCAGACACCGUCGUCGUGGUUCCGAUCAGCAACUGUUCUUGCUCUGAUGGCCACUGGUACCAGCACAGCGCCGGCUAUGUUGUUCAAGGUGACGACAAUUACUUUACCAUUGCUAAUAAUACCUACGAAGGUCUCACCACCUGCCAAGCUAUGAUUACACAUAAUCCCUACAAUUUACGUGAGUUAGAAGCCGGUGAGAAUCUCAGCGUUCCGAUUAGAUGCGCAUGUCCGACCGCUAAUCAAACAGCCGCCGGAAUAAGGUAUCUGCUUACUUUUCUCAUUACAUGGGGCAACACUGUGGAAUAUAUGGCGGGGCUUUUCGAAGGUGCUGAUGUUCAAAGCAUCUUAGAUGCGAACAGGCUCUUGGAGAAUGAUGUUAUCUUCCCGUUUACGCCGAUCUUAAUUCCGCUUACAACGGAGCGAAUAAAAUUCAACACUUCUGCAAUGCCAGCACCGCCGCCUGCUCCACCAAUGAUUCCGGUGGCGCCUAGCCACGGUGGCACUGGCGGGUCGUCUAGCAAGUGGGCUUUCAUUGGGGCUGGGAUAGGUGCCGGGUUGCUUGUAAUGGUUUUGCUUUCCGCUGUUCUUGUUUGGUGCGUUAGAAAGAGGAAGGUUCAACAGCAGCAUGGUCUUCCUCUGACGAAACACUCGCCGAAAGAGAACAAUUCGUGGUCGGUUUCAUCAGAAGGGGUUCGAAUUGCGGUUGGGUCAUUGACGAUUUAUAAGUAUGAGGAGCUGCAAAAGGCCACUAGAGAUUUUUCUGAAGAAAAUAGAGUGAAAGGAUCUGUCUACAGGGGAGUUUUCAAUGGGGAUUCUGCGGCGGUGAAGAUUAUGAAAAGGGAUGUUUCCGACGAGAUUAACAUACUCAAACAAAUCAAUCACUCCAACAUAACCAGACUAUCUGGAUUCUGUUUGCAUCAGGGAAACACGUAUCUCGUUUAUGAGUUCGCUGACAACCGUUCGCUUAGCGACUGGCUGCACUCGACCACCAAGAACACGAAAUAUGAUUCAGUUUUGGAAUGGAAACAAAGAGUUCAAAUUGCACAUGAUAUAGCUGAUGCAUUGAAUUAUCUGCACAAUUUUAUCACUCCACCAUACAUUCACAAAAAUUUAAAGAGCAGCAAUGUGUUGUUAGACGUGCAUAUGCGAGCGAAAAUAACAAAUUUUGGGCUCGCUAGAAGUAUGGAAGAAACAGACAAUGGAAAGCUUCAGUUGACUCGACAUGUUGUCGGGACUUACGGUUACAUGCCACCGGAAUACAUCGAGAACGGCUUGAUUACCCCUAAAAUGGAUGUAUUUUGUUUAGGAGUUCUGAUAUCAGAGCUACUUUCGGGAAAAGAAGCCGCUAGUCGAUCAGUAGAGGGUGGUGGCGACGAGAAGAAUGUGGCGGAGGUGCUGCUGCUGUCAGAGAUGGUAAAAGAAAUGGUUCGAGGGGGGGAUAAUGUGAGGGAUAAGCUGGCUGCAUUUAUGGACGGCAGGCUAAGAGGUGAGUAUCCGGUUGAACUGGCCUAUUCCAUGGCAGAGACCGCUAGCAAAUGUGUGGCGGUUGACUUAAAUGACCGCCCUUCUGUUUCGGAGGUGUUUGCGACAUUGUCUAAGAUACUGUCUUCUUCUUUAGACUGGGAUCCAUCUGAUGAACUUGAACACUCAAGCUCUCUUAGUCAUGGCAGAUAAAAGAAGAUACUAUUUAACUUUUAACUAGUGUAAUAAUAUUGUUUCAAUUGAAAGACAUUAAGAGGAAGUUUGAUCACAAAUAAGAUUCUAUAUGGCAAUAGGUCCUAUUCAUAAUUUUGAGUCCUCAUAGUCCAGGUUUAAACUGAAGCCUACAUCGAACCAGUGAAUAGCCACUUUGUUAUGCAGCAUGCGUGUUCAUAAGUGCUGCCAUGUUAUCCAAAAGGAUUUUGGUCAUGUGAUGUUUUAUAUAUUUGUUUUUUGGUGUCCAGGAAAAAUGCUAGUUUGUACAGGGUCUGAAAGUAGAAUGUUUACUUUAAUAAGCUCAUUUUAUUGAAUGUUCAAA